AGCGAGGAAAGACAAAGACAGCAAACAGUUCCAUUGCGCACAGCUGCGUAAAAUUAUGCAAUGAUAGUUGUUUUCUCUAAAGUAGCGGGUUUGCGUCAUGCGUAUACUUAUAGACUCGUGUUUAGGUAUGUUUGGUCAGUAGGCGACAUGGGAGAGCUGUGUGUGGUGCUGAGGAGGCAGGAGAUGACUGCUGCCCCCUUCACUUCUCCACUGAGCCCUCAGGAGAGUGGAGUGAGGACUGCAUGGGGACUGUUGCGUACUGAUCGCUUCUUUCUGACAAAACAUCUCAGCAGUGAUUUGGAAAUUAAAUUGCAGACCCGCAGUUCAACCAUGGAAACUUUGGAUAUGUAGUUCUCAUUUUGUUUAGUAGAGCUAUUUCAUGAGUUGCAGUUACAAGUGAUCUGAAGCCUGCUAUGGAGGACCUCUUGAGUCAAAAUGAGUCUGAGCACUGACAAUGUCACAAACUUGUGGAAAAAGGGUUCUUCGGAACUCGGCUGGACUGCGGGCGCGUCCUCCCCGGUCAACUUUACCAACAGCUCCGGUGGGAACUACACGGAGGUGGACCUCACCCGAGCCAUCCCGCUCGGCAUGGUGCUGGGGGCUUUCAUCGUGUUCGCUAUCGCGGGCAACAUCCUCGUCAUCCUCGCGGUGGUGUGCAACAGGCACCUGCGGACACCGACGAACUACUUCAUCAUCAACCUGGCCAUGGCCGACCUGCUACUGAGCACCACUGUGCUGCCAGUGUCCGCGACUCUGGAGAUCUUAGACUACUGGGUGUUUGGCCGGAUCUUCUGUGACAUUUGGGCGGCGGUGGACGUGCUGUGCUGCACCGCGUCCAUCAUGAGCCUAUGCGUAAUAUCCAUCGAUCGCUUCAUCGGAGUGAGCCAUCCACUGCAGUACCCUGGCAUCGUGACCGAGAAGCGAGCUCUGCUGGCCAUGCUCGGGGUGUGGGUGCUGUCAGUAGUCAUUUCCAUCGGACCUUUGUUGGGCUGGAAGCAGCCGCCGUCGCCAGACGAGACGGUGUGCUCCAUCACCGAGGAGCCGUAUUACGCGCUCUUUUCCUCCCUCGGGUCCUUCUACAUCCCUCUCAUCGUUAUUCUGGUCAUGUACUGCCGCGUGUACAUAGUUGCCAAACGGACCACUAAGAACCUUGAGGCCGGUGUGAUGCGCGAGAGGAUGAACUCCGGUGAGCUGACUCUCAGGAUCCACAAGGGCUCUCAGGUGCAAGAGGAGCCCUGUGGUGCAGGCGCCGGUAAAGGCCGAGCAAAUCAAGCGAGAAGUUCCCUCACGGUGAAACUUCUUAAGUUCUCCCGGGAGAAGAAAGCAGCAAAAACUUUGGGAGUUGUGGUCGGCAUGUUUACGCUUUGUUGGCUGCCCUUCUUCCUCGCCUUACCCAUAGGUGCUUUUAAUAAGAACUUGCGAGCACCUGAAGUGGUCUUCAAAGUGAUCUUUUGGCUGGGCUACUUCAACAGCUGCAUGAACCCCAUCAUAUACCCCUGCUACAACCGCGAGUUCAAGCUGGCCUUCAUCCGCAUCCUUCAAUGCCAGUGUCACCAGCGUAAACGCCCCGGCUGGAAGGCCUACAAUUACCGCUCCUCGAACAUCAGCUCCUCCGGAAACUCUCGCAAAGGAUCAACGGAUCACAACUCCAGCUGCUUAAACGGCAGCCAGCGUACUCUGCCGUCCUCAGCCAGCCCGAGCCCCAGUUACCUGAGCAAGGGUCUCCCUCCUUGCCCUGAGGGGGAAACGUUAUACAUCUGGGGGGGCUCCACCCCAACUCCCUCCACACCCAACCUGCUGCCCGGCAGCCCCGCAAACUGCCAGCUGGGAGAUCUGAGAGGGGAGGUCAGAGGAAGGGAACCAUCUGAGGAGACUACUGGGGGUAUCUUCUCUUUCUCCUUUGGUAGAAACAGAGACAAGGGAGGGAUUCACAAGGAAGACAUGUUGCCUGGUGACAAGGUGUGACUGCUGCUGAGUGUCGCUGACGUCUGGCUCACUCAUUCCUCACAGGGAUUAAAGUCAAUAACAGUGCAGGAGCGUAGGAUUUCCCUGGUUUGCGCUAUUCACUGUAAAUGAUCAUUCAUCAGUCAAUGGAUUGUUGUUGUCAAUGUGAGGUGAAGGUAACUGAGUAUUGACUAUGCUGCUGUAUCAGAGGUAUUUUGUCCUAUUUAUCUUUUCGCUCAACGGACAGUAAGGGGUUCAAACUGUUAAUCAAAAUCACUGUUCUCCACGCUCUUUGGUACAGGAAAGACACCAGUGCAUUCAUUUGGGAGGAGAACAGGAAAGACAUUUGAAGGAAAAAGGACACGUUUUCAGAGAACCCAACACUAUCUUCCCUGUAAAAAAAAAAUGCCUGUCUGCCCUAAAAAGACUGACAGAACCUUUCUCAUGUGAAAAGUGUGAUAAGACAAUUGAUCACCUUUAUGCUGCAGUCACUUGUUGGUAUGUUGUGAAAAUAAAGUAUAACCUGGUUUAUCUGCUGCACAAUUAUCAGAUAUCAUCUUGUUGUUUUGUUUGUUGUUUGAAAAAGUACAGAAUAUUGUGAUUAGAAAUGUGAUUGUUGAUAUGAAUAAACAUAGAACGUUACUCUAA